AUGAAGCAGGACCUCUCAAGAGGAGGCCACGAUGGAUUAGCCACCCAGUACGUCUGUCUGAAGAUGGAUGGAGUUAGUAGUACUAAUGAUAAAGAUAUGGUGGUUGGAGUUGUUGAAAUCAGGACAAGUACGACAGCAACAGCCCAAGACACAUGCAGUACCACCAAAGAUACCAGCACACGCAGCAGCAUAUCCAGUACCAUCGAUGAUACCAGCACAUCCAGCAGCACAUCCAGUACCACCGAUGAUACCAGCACAUCCAGCAGCAUAUCCAGUACCAUCGAUGAUACCAGCACACCCAGCAGCACAUCCAUUACCACCAGCAGCACAAAUACACCCAGCAGCACAUCCAUUACCACCAGCACACCCAGCAGCACAUCCAUUACAACCAGCAGCACUAACACACCCAGCAGCACGUCUGUUACCACCAGCAGCACCAACACACCCAGCAGCACAUCCAGCUCCACAAAGAGUACCAGCACACCCAGUAGCACAUCCAUCACCAUCAGCAGCAACAACACACCCAGCAGCACAUCCAUCACCACCAGCAGCACCAACACACCCAGCAGCACGUCUGUUACCACCAGCAGCACUAACACACCCAGCAGCACAUCCAGCUCCACAAAGAGUACCAGCACACCCAGCAGCACAUCCAUCACCACCAGCAGUACCAACACACCCAGCAGCACAUCUCACCAAUACACACAGCAGCACAUCCAGUACCACCAGCACCAGCGCUCCCAGCAGCACAUCCAGCUCUACAAAAAGUACCAGCCCACCCAGCAGCACAUCCAUUACCACCAGCAGCACAAAUACACCCAGCAGCACAUCCAUUACCACCAGCAGCACCAGCACACCCAGCAGCACAUCCAGUACCACAAACAGCACCAGCACACCCAGCAGCACCUCCAGGAUCACCACAAAGCAUGUUAUCACAAUUACAAAACCAACUGUGAAAACGUCUACCACACGCACCACAGAAGAAAUGGCAGCAUCCUUGUUGAUCAUGACGUCAUCAUCAAUUCGACCAAUUCAGCAGAGUUUACUCCAGACUAUCUCUCUAACACAGCUGAACAGCUUAAAGACAAACUGGAAGAAACACCUUGCCUCAAUGUGACAGGAGAUAAAUGCAAUGGAUUGGAAUUUGACACCAGCCAUAUAAAAGUUGCAGAACCAGUUAUAACUGGAGACUGUGCUUCACAAGUUCCUGAGAAUUUAAAGGAAUAUUAUCGACUGACUAUGACCAAUGACGGAGUCAUAUGUGCUUCAAUCUGCAACGAAGAAAGAAAUGACUCACUGAAAUGUGGAAAUGGAAAAUGUGGAAUGACAAAUAAGGGAGUCAAAUGCUACUGUGACAAUACUGAAGGCUAUUGGUACUUAGGGGAUUUCUGUAAUAUUCCGAUUCAUAAGAAUGGGUUGAUCGGUGGUUUAUCAGCAGCAUUGAUCCUAUUUCUUCUGGGCCUCUUGGCCUUUGCAGUCUACACAGUGUGGUUUCAAAGGGGCAGAAAACAAUACCGCAGACAAAGAGAGGAUGAGCAAAACAAAAUUAUAUUAGAGAAAUGGGCAGAAGAUGAUUUCGAAUAUUGCAAUCCUUCGACAAUCACUGUGUAUAACAAAGAAGAUACCAGCUAUGAAAAUUCAACAGGUGAAAGAGAUUCGUCUGACUUUUCCGUGGUAAAUAUGAAACUUGAGCUAAAUUCCAACUUCAACUUCAAUACUGGGGAGGUGAAAAUCCAGAGGCCACAGAUUAAUAUAGAUAACCAUAUUUCUCAUUUAUGAUGUGCUCGUGUUACUAUUUUACUGUUGGUAUACACAUUUCACAUGUCAUCUUGUGUAAGCUGUAAGAUUGAUAGGAGAUUCAUUAAGGAGAUUAUUUUUCUUCUUGCAACUUCACUGUUGCAUGUUUCAUACUUUAAGUAAUUACGAAUUUAAAUAAUUAGACGAUAUGGAUUCCAGGAUUGGAGCAACAUUGUUCCACUGAUAUCAAGUAAAAACGCAGAAGGACAAGAUGAACUAAAUUGGAAUGAAGCUCGUCUAGCAUUGACAUGUUCACUCAAGUAGUUUGUUUCUGUUCUGUAAAACUCUGUAUCAUUCUCAGCCAACUUUUAAAGGAACACAAUUAAUAUAAAAUUCUACUUUUAUGACCAUAUUCUAACUUUAAAAUUUUGCUCACAUCUUGUGGUGUCGACCAAUCACAUGAAGAUUCAGGUGCACCUACGGUGGAGGAAUAUUCUUCUCCAAGGCAACCAUAAAGGAUCUUUAGAAGUCCUUGUGAACACAAGACUUCAGUUUUUGUAUUUCUGAAGGUCCAUCUUGUGGGGUGGGUGGGGAUGUCUUGUCCCUAGAAUUCAUCCACACAAAUCCAAGGUGACAUUCGGAUGGAAAAUUGAAGAGGUAUGAUAUACUGAGAUUCCACAGAAUGAAGGAGCCUUGUCAGUCUCUGGACACCAUAAUGCAGCUCUGAAUCAUGUAAAUUAUACUGAUCAAAUUGUUAAGAAGAUACUUCUGAUUAAGGUUAGAAUUGCAUUAAUUGCAGAGUUAAUGCAGUUAAUUGUCUGAAUAUUGUUUCCCAGCUCCUUUUCAUGGAUGGAUAUUGUGGGUUCUGAAACUUGUGAGAAUUAUUGUGAAGCUGGCAGACUAAAAUUACAAUGUUCAAACUUUAUUCUGUAUUUAGCCAGUGUUGUACCUGUCCUGGGAGUGUUCGAUAGGACAGGGUACUGAGAGAUUUACAUCUACUGAGUUCUGUACCUGCCUUGGGAGUGCAAUGGUACAGUGCAGAGGAGCUUUACUCAGGACAACAUCACUCACAUUGUUGAGCAACAUUUUUUAAUUAAACAAAUGGAACAGAAAAUUGCAAAAAUGGAUUUAAGUUUCAAUAAUGCACACUAGCUUUCGUGCAAUAUGCUAAUUCAAAGAUGUCUUUCAAUAAAAUAUGAUC